CAGCUUUCUCUUUUCCCAUCAUGGCCGAGUUCGAAGUCCAGACCGAGCGCGCGUUCCAGAAGCAGCCGCACAUCACCCUCGGCAAGACCGUCAAGGGCAAGCUCGUCAAGUCGGGCAAGCGCUUUGUCAAGGACAUCGGCCUUGGCUUUGUCACGCCGCGUGAGGCGAUUGAGGGCAGCUACAUUGACAAGAAGUGCCCGUUCACCGGCAACGUCUCGAUCCGCGGCCGCAUCCUUGAUGGCGUCGUGGUCUCGACCAAGAUGCGCCGCACGUGCAUCAUCCGCCGCGACUACCUUCACUACGUGAAGAAGUACAACCGUUUCGAGAAGCGCCACACGAACACAGCCUGCCACGUCUCGCCGUGCUUCCGUAUCAACGAGGGUGAUCGCGUCGUGGUCGGCCAGUGCCGCCCGCUCUCCAAGACCGUCCGCUUCAACGUCAUCAAGGUCCUGUCCUCGGGCAAGAAGAGCGGCAAGCAGUUUGCCAAGUUCUAAAGGAACAACAACAACCAAUA